GGCUGAGCGAGCACUUCCAACAGUAGCAGUGAGAGAGAGGGAGGGAGAGUGGCGCACACAGGGGAUCUGCAUUGUAAGUGCCUCUCCAGAAGCAAGUGGAGGCUGUUUUUCAAAGUGUUUUUGUUUUCCCAUAGUGGACGAGAACAACAGCGGCCCGGGUCUAAAUAGGAGGACAUCACGGAGGAGCCCCGCACCACUAUCUCCAGAAGCUUAAGCAGAGAGAGCCAAUACACUGAAGCAGGUUGUGGACAAAACUGAAGAAGCCCGAAGGAACACAAGGCAGCAAUGGAUAGCAGAGUGGCUCAGCCUGACCCUGGGAUGGCCUGGAUUCACACAGUGGUGUUGGCCAGCCGCCAGCGCACACACUAGGCUUCUAAUGCCAAUGAGUUUCCAUGGUCCCUUGGCGUCAUGCUUCCGGGGUAUGGACUCUCUCCCCUCCCUGACUUCCAGCCUCACCUUCAGGCCUUUGGCUGCAGAGACAGUCCCAGGAUGUGGAUCCCUGGUUCAGGAGACCCCCAAAGCCCGAGUGAGGAGCAGGAGAACAGACCACUGCUCCACUCAUGCCAUCACAAACAUGUGGCUGUGUGCCAACAGGAAACACUGGCAUUUAUCGAGCUAGAGCCGACACUUAUGCCCAAAGUGAGUGGACUGAGCCCCCCCAGGACUCUGAACGGGUUCAAACACUCGGUGAACGGGCUCAAGGAGCGGCGGAACGGACACAACAGAACUUACUCUGAACAUAUUGUGCUUCCCUCUCAUACUGACACAGAGGAGCUCCCCUGUAUUGGCCCCUCCGACACACCCCCUGAGCCUCUGUGUGAGGAGGAGGAGCCCUCAACUGUCCCUCAACUGUCUUCUGUCCCAGAGCACACAGACCCACCCCGGGCGGUUUCCACUGUGUGUCGGCCUCUCCAUGCCGCCCUCAGCCUGCCUCUGUCUUUACCCCUGUCCUCCCUCUACUCAAGCUCACACUUGUGGGACUCUCCAAGCCCCUCCUCCCCUGAGGGUCCAGAGCCCAGUACCCCAGUGAGGAGAGCAUCACAGGGAUCACUAAAGGAGAAGUCCAUGCGGAGGAAAAUGCAGGUGUACUCCCCAGAGAGCCCCACAGAUGAGUGUAUGAACAGCCCCCUCCUGGACCCUGACUUCCUGUUUCCCGGCCCACUGGCCUCAUUCCUGGAGGAGGACCUGAGCCUGUCCUCUCUGGAAACCCUCAGCCCCUUGUCCUGCGACAGUGGCACAGAUCUACCCAGCCUUAGCCAAGACGACAUCUUCCACCUGCCAGAGGAGCCACUCCACAUCACAGAGGACCCCAUCCCUGGCCUCCCAGAGGAGAAUGGUGUAGAGCUAUCUAUAGCCACUGGGGGAAGCUCUCUGUCCCGCAGAGGAGAGGAACGGCGGCGUUUCUCUGCCUCAGAGCUCAUAUCACGACUGCAGUUGUCCCAGAGGAAGAACUCCUUCACCCUGAAGCUGGGCAAGUCUCUGUCAGCCAGAGUCUCCUCUAGAGAUAGACAGUGCUCCAGCCUCAGCCCCAACAUGGAGCUUAAGUUGAGCUCUCGUCAUCGUAGCUCAGGAUGCUCCAGUGACAGUGCCCCCCACAGUCCUGUAGGCUCAACUCCACCUCAGUCCAUCUGUGAGAAUGGACUGCAACGAUGGAGCACCAAACUGGGAAUGAGGAAAAAAUCCAUAGAAGAAGACAUGUGUGCACUUCCUGCUGUCAGCAGCUCCAAUCGCCUGUCACGCUUUCUUCCCAACUCCAUUCUGUACCAGGAGUACAGUGAUGUGGCCAUCAACAGAGAGAUCCAGAGGCAGCAGGGAAAGGAGCCUGGCACCGAGGAGGAGAGCUCAGAUGGGACACCCUCCCCCUCCAAUUUGUCCCCCUCAAGUUCCUUCCGCUCCUCAAGGGGAUCAGCCUUCGCUUUGUGGCAGGACAUCCCUGAUGUACGCUCCAGUGGACAGUUGGACAACUUCAGCAAUGAAGAGAGAAAACUGCAAGAGGCCAAGUUUGAGCUGGUGUCCUCUGAGGCCUCGUAUAUCCGCAGCCUGACCAUUGCUGUGGAUCACUUCAUGCUGUCCCAGGACCUAGCAGAGUGUCUGGGCGCCCAGGACAAGCAGUGGCUCUUCUCCAAACUGCCUGAAGUCAAAGACGUCAGUGAGAGGUUUCUGCAGGACCUGGAGCAGCGGCUUGAGGAGGACAUUCUGCGCUUCGAUGUGUGUGAUAUUGUUCUGAACCACUGUGCUGCUUUGAGGAGGGUGUAUCUGCCCUAUGUGACCAACCAGGCCUAUCAGGAGCAGACCUACCAGCGCCUACUACAGGAGAACCCCCGCUUCCCCAAUAUUCUGUCCCGACUGGAGGAGGACCCCAUCUGCCAAAGACUACCCCUCACCUCCUUCCUUAUCCUGCCCUUCCAGAGGAUCACGCGGCUCAAAAUGCUAGUGGAGAACAUUUUAAAGAGGACAGCUCCAGGCUCACGUGACGAGGACACGGCCACAAAAGCAUUCAAUGAGCUGAAAAAGAUCAUCAAAGAAUGUAACUCCAGUGUUCAGUCCAUGAAGAGGAUGGAGGAGCUCAUCCACCUCAACAAGAAGAUCCACUUUGAGGGCAAGAUCUUUCCUCUGAUCUCCCAGUCUCGGUGGCUGGUCAAACACGGGGAGCUGCUGGAGGUGGACACUCAGAUGAUGACCAUCUCUGGGUCCAAACUAAAACUGCCCACAAAACCAGUGUACCUGCAUCUGUUCAACGACUGCCUGCUGCUGUCUCGCCGCAAGGACCCAUGGAAGUUCAUGGUGUUUGUGCACGCUAAGAUCGGAGAGCUGAAGGUGAAGGACUUGAGCCUGAAGCUGCAGGGCGUCUCUGGGUUCAUCUUCCACCUGCAACUGUGUGAGGGCCAGCAGCUCAAACAUCAGAUCCUGCUCAAAGCCCACACUGAGAGCGGGAAGCAGCGCUGGAUCACCGCAAUGUUCCCCUCAGAUCCUCUGGAGGAUAUCGAGCAGGCCAUGGACGACGACAUCUCUCAGGUCCAGUGCAUCAAGAGCUAUCAGGCCCAGGAACAUGACGAACUAACACUGGAAAAGGCCGACAUACUUCACGCUAAGACCAUUACAAGUGAUGGCUGGGUGGAGGGCAUUCGGCUUUCAGAUGGGGAGCGGGGCUGGUUCCCCAAAACCUACGUAGAAGAAAUCACCAGUCGCAGUGCACGACUUCGCAACCUCAGAGAAAACAUCCGAAUCAAGUGUGUGACGGAGAAACUGGUGGGAGACUGACCUGUGCCACAGCAGUUCUCACUUGGACAAAACUCGUGUGUAUUCCAGGCCUGUCCCAGCACUACAGCUGAUUACAGAAGAGUAUAAUUAGGAUUAGGUGAGAAACUACUGGAUGACCGUCUUAUUCACUGGACAUUUUUUGGGGCCACAAUGGAGUUAUUUAAAACUUUUAACCUUUUAUAAAGGUAUUUAUCAGCAGUAUCCUCAAGUAAACACAACAUGCACAUUUAAUGGCUAUAGUAGCCAAGUCUUAAUGCACACUGGUGGGGAACAAAACCAUUGUAAUCAAACCCUUCCAAUCCAAAUGAAUUGUAACUAUUUAAGGAAGACAUUAGUGUGGUCAGUGCAUAUUUGGCCAGGUACAUGUCACUGUUCAAAACAUGACAUACACAUACCCUGUGCAUCUGAGGGCAGGCGGCUCACUUCUUUUGGUAUCACAAACAACAGUGGACCUGAACACUCUAAACUCGUCUGUCCCUUGAAGUGCUUGUAUUUUUUACUGUAGCUGGUGUCUCUCUGGAGAAUUUCCUGUAAAUGUCCUUCACUGUAGAUGAGACUAUGUAUAAAGAGUAGAUUAAUUUACUUAUAUAAUUUAUAUUUCAAAUGUUUUUAUUUCUUAUUGGAUAAAGACUGUUUUAUGCAUAUUUUUUUUUUAAUAUUAUCAUUAUCAAGAGAUGCACGCACUGGAGGUUUAUUCACCAAACACAACACUACUGUAAAUGUCUAACCACUGAAAUAAAAACUUUUCUAUGCCA